UAAUUACAAUAAUAACAGUAAUGUGCGUCGUCUAUAAUAGUGUAGUUUAAACGAAAACCAAAAAAAAAAGAAAAAAAACACAAAAAAUAUGUUAAUAAAAUUGCAAUUUUUAAUUAUAUGGACGUUUUGCAUGUUGUCCUUAAGUCAGGCAAUAACCGUACACGAAAAUGAUUAUGACGGCGACGAUGUAGAUGUAGAAGAGUUCCGCAAACCGAAAGUUCAAGGAAGAACACAGGGGCGUAAAAAUCGUUUACCGUUACAAGUAUCAAGCACACCCGCGUCUUAUAUACAUCAAGACGCCGAUGAUGUUAUCCAUAUCAUAGACCCGCCCAAGCACUUCCAAGAGUUGAAGAAAUAUAUGCAAUACAAAUAUCAACAACGAAACUCUGCACCGAAUCGGGAACCGUCAUCAUUAGCGCAGCGACCGAAACGUGGUCAAGUUCGACCGUUAAUGCGGCCCAUAAAUAGUCGCAUUGUUGAAAAUAACAUGAGCUCAUAUAUCUAUGGAAGUCCAGGAAAAACUAGGGUUAAAAAGAAACUGAACGAUUUCGACUUGUAUACCCAAGAGACCAAAGAGCUGCCUGUUGAAAUUUUAACUUCAGUACGUAAGACGGAAAGAUUAAUUAGAAAGAAUAAGCCAGUGUUGCCGAAGGUUAAGCAACGUCUAAGUUCGAAACAAAUUCAUACAGUUAUUUGGGAGAAAGGCCACGAGCAAGACCAAUAUGAGAAGGGUCACGAGAAACGUGUCCAAGGUAUUAGAGAAAAUUAUAUAAAUCGUAAAAGAUUUAACCGUAUUAAACGAGAUUUGAAGAACAGUCGCGAACACUCGCCGCAACGAUUGGUAUUUUAUCAACCUUUAAAAGGGGACAUUUUAUUGAGCCAUAUAAACGAGUUGCUGAAAAACGCUGAAACCUAUUUAGAUCCUUACAAAUCGGGGGAGGAGAAUGAUAAAGAAAACUUUUAUAAAUCGCUGGAAGAAAGUUCCACUUUAACAGGAGAAAUAUUUCCAUCAAAAAUUAAACCUAAAAAAUACACGACUCACACCCAAUCGCUUCCGAAGUAUAUGAUGCAAGAAAUAUUUGAAAAUUCCCUUAAAGCGACUAAUGCUUUAAUCAAUCAUUUAAAGACUCGCGCCAAUAUUACCGAUAUGCCUGAAAAAUGUACAUUUCAAGACUUAAAUCAAGUUCACCAACAGCUGGAAUGUAUGCAAAACCAAAUGCGAAAAUUGAAGACGAAAAACUUGAAAAAAACUGCAAGAGAACUGAAAAAUCGCAACACGUUCUUAAAACCGAAAGUAGCAACCGAUUACUGGGAGACAGAUGUUGAUACAGCGACAGCCGGUGACACCAUAAAUCCGUCUUUAAUUUACACUGACGUCAUGACCACUAUACGUAACAUGUUGCAAACUAACAAUUUAAACGAAUUGGAAAAGAAUCUUUCCUUUACUUUGACGCAAGAUAACGGCAACGUAUCUCCCUUAUCUCAUGACAUUAACCCGGAACAAAUUAAUCUACGGGAUCUUAAUCAAUAUAUAAACUCUUUACAGAAUUUAAUCGUUAACUUGCCUAAAUAUUUUAGUGCUUCGAUUAAUGAUCAAGUGAAACUUCCGAAAUAUUUUCUUCCAAAUCCUACCGAUAGCGUAUAUAAUGUACCAGUAACAAGGCGAAAUUUGCACAAUUCCGAUUUUGCCGUUUAUCAUCAAUUUCCCUAUAUGGUCACCAGAAAAGAAUACUUACGAAAUGACACGACUUCAGGCCCGACAGAUAGUGCAUUAUAG